AUGCUUCAAUUUAAACAUGAACUCCAAAUUUUCAAAACCUUCAACAAAUACGUUCCUAAAUUAAAAGGAAAAUGGCCUCUCACUGUGUUACUUCUCAACAUCUUUCUGCCAGGUGUCGGAACAUUAGUGGCAGGAUGUGUCACUUCCAAAAAGAAAAAAGUGAAAUUUUGUAUCAUUUUCGGAUUGUUGCAAAUGUUGUUGAGUGUGGUUUUAUUUGGAUGGGCUUGGAGUGUUUUUUGGGGAGUGUUCAUGUUUAAGAGAAGUACUGGAAUUGGAAAAUUUGUACCCGAUGUCAAUGUUUGA